AUGAACUGCAAGCACGCUAGAUAUCUUGAUGCAUUAGGCCUUCUGGAUGACGACAUUGAUGAUGAGUUCAGGUUCUUUAAUUUGGAGAAAGAUAGAAUCUCGAAACCUGUAAUUGUAACAGCUUUCUCACAAACACAUUGGAGUCGCGGAAGACGACUAAUCGCAUCUAUUCGUCGCCAUUUGCCAGAUCAUUUGAUAAUUGUUUAUGAUCUUGGUCUUGAUUUUAUCAAUGCCAGAUUUUUGAGCUUUCUAUGUAACGUCAAGUAUAGAAAAUUUUAUUUUAAACAUUAUCCUGAAAGAGUUGCAAAAGUGCGUGAAUUUCGAUGGAAACCGAUAAUCAUUGCUGAAAUCUUACAAGAAUAUGAUACACUUUGGUAUUUCGAUAGCACCGUCAUGCUAAAAAAAACUAAUCUUAGCAACAUCUACAAUCUUUUAGAAUGUCAUAAAAACGCUGCUUCUGAUCCAAAGGUUCUUACUCCACGUGAAAUUCAGAAAAACUGCCGAAAUUCAAGUUAUCUUUUCCACAUUUAUGCGGGCCAUGGAAUCUUUUCGGCGACCCAUCCAGAUUUAUAUCAAUAUUUUCCAACAAAUCUUUUUAAAAUAAAGACGCCGAAAGCGAGAAUGUAUGAUGCAGGAUUAGUAUUUGUUGUUAGGACAGCUCGAACAGUUCAACAGUUUUUGAGAUGGUAUGUUGCGUGCGCAUUAGAGUCUAAGUGUAUGGCACCACGACGUUCUGUUUUACGCUGCAAAUUCGAUAAAAAUGAUUUUUUUGGAAUAUAUGCCAGAUGCCACCGAUAUGAUCAGUCUGUAAUUAAUUUGCUCGUGGCAAAUGCUUUCCAAUAUGACUAUCGUUUUUAUACAAGCGGUUUUAAUGAUGAAUUCUUCGAAGUAAAUAGACUCGAUUCAGCACCAGUUCCCGAUUCAGAACUUGUGUCGUGUGAUAAACAAACUGGUAAAUGA